UCCAGCAUCCUGCAGCACAAUGGUCGCAAGAGGACAUCGGACCGUGUGAUUCAGCAUCGCCUUUCUCAGCUCCCUCACUCUUCUUUUUUUGUUCUUUAACCUUUGUUUUUUUUUCUUCUUCUUUCAUCAGUCUCUCCAUUUUCUCCACAUCAUCGUGGUGUUGAUCCAUGUAACCCAAUCGGGAUGUUGUGAAUAAGAGUGUGUGUGUGUGUGUGUGUGAGUGAGAGAGAGAGAAAGAGAGAGAGCGAGAAAGAGAGAGAAAGAGAGAGAGGACCGGGAUCAGCUGGCGCGGAAUGGUAUUUAUGAACAGACAUUUCUUAUACAACUGCAGUGCACCAAUCCUGGAUGUGAAGAUUGCCUUUUGUCAGGUGUGUGUUCCAUACAGGUAAAAGAAAAAGGGUUUUGGUAAACAAGUUGAUGUGUCUUACAUCGCCAAGCAUUACAACAUGAGCAAGAGCAAAGUGGACAACCAGUUCUACAGCGUGGAAGUCGGAGACUCCACCUUCACGGUUCUGAAACGGUACCAGAACCUCAAGCCCAUUGGUUCUGGGGCUCAGGGAAUAGUGUGUGCUGGAUAUGAUGCUGUUCUGGACAGAAAUGUGGCUAUAAAGAAGCUCAGCAGACCUUUCCAGAACCAGACCCAUGCCAAGCGCGCUUACAGGGAGCUGGUGCUCAUGAAGUGCGUCAAUCACAAAAACAUCAUCAGCUUAUUAAAUGUUUUUACACCACAGAAAUCUUUAGAGGAAUUCCAGGAUGUGUACCUGGUGAUGGAGCUGAUGGAUGCUAACCUGUGCCAGGUGAUUCAGAUGGAGUUGGACCAUGAGAGGAUGUCUUACCUGCUCUACCAGAUGCUCUGUGGCAUCAAACACUUACACUCAGCCGGCAUCAUCCACAGGGAUUUGAAACCUAGCAAUAUCGUGGUGAAGUCGGACUGCACGCUGAAGAUUCUGGACUUUGGGUUGGCGAGGACCGCCGGGACCAGCUUCAUGAUGACUCCGUAUGUGGUGACGCGGUACUACAGAGCCCCGGAGGUCAUUCUGGGCAUGGGCUAUAAAGAGAACGUGGAUAUUUGGUCAGUCGGUUGCAUUAUGGGUGAAAUGGUGCGCCACAAAAUCCUCUUCCCCGGCCGAGACUAUAUCGAUCAGUGGAAUAAGGUGAUCGAGCAGCUCGGCACACCAUCGCCAGAGUUCAUGAAGAAGCUCCAGCCCACAGUGAGGAACUACGUGGAGAACCGACCUAAAUACGCCGGCCUCACUUUCCCCAAGCUGUUCCCUGACUGCCUGUUUCCUGCAGACUCUGAGCACAACAAACUCAAAGCGAGUCAGGCCAGAGAUCUGCUGUCUAAAAUGCUGAUCAUCGAUCCUGCCAAGCGGAUAUCAGUGGACGAGGCCCUGCAGCACCCCUACAUCAACGUGUGGUACGAUCCGUCUGAGGUGGAGGCGGCCAAAGAUCUUCAGAUAUCCAUGCCUCCUCCUCAGAUCUACGACAAGCAGCUGGAUGAGAGAGAACACUCCAUCGAAGAGUGGAAAGAGCUGAUCUAUAAAGAAGUGAUGAACUUUGAGGAGCGAACGAAGAACGGCGUGGUGAAGGGACAGCCUUCUCCUUCAGGUGCAGCCGUGAACAGCAGCGAAAGCCUCCCUCCGUCCUCGUCCGUCAACGACAUCUCGUCCAUGAGCACCGACCAAACCCUGGCCUCCGACACGGACAGCAGCCUGGAGACCUCGGCCGGGCCGCUCGGCUGUUGCAGGUGACUAACCGCCUGCCUGCGCAACCCCGCCUUCUUCAGGAGGUGAUCUGAAUGAUUUCACGCACCAAAAAAAGAAAGAAAAAACCCCGAAAAUAAAACCUCUAUCCAAACGCCUAUCCUAUCCGAUCCACUACUCUGCAAAAAAAAAAGAAGAAGUUUCUCAAAUAUUCUCAUUGUAAUCCACAGAUUGGAUUCUGUUAUCGAAACGAUAAAUUUAGGAAUAACAGGAAAAUAAAUAAUAAAGCCUGCAUUAUUAUUCAAAGCAAACUAAGAAAAUGGAAAAAAAAAAAAGAUGCUCAUGUAUGUGUAUAUUAAUGACUCCCUCACUAGUUGCUUUGCUUUAUACUCCCUUCAUAUGGCAUCUGUUAAUGGAAAAAAAACCCAAAAACAAAUAAUAUAAUGCUUACCGAGGCAUCUCUGUGAAGUGUACAUUAAUACGUUAAUCUGGAUGAUCCCGAGUAAACCGCAAGCUUUCUGUGCUUCUUCAGUCGAUGUGGCAAGGUGGGCUUUUGUGUUUCUCGCUACUCAAAUAUAUACAUAUAAAUAUCAUCCCCCCAACCCCCCCACCCGUUAUACGGCGGAUUUGUCUGUUUCUGAACCUCUUAAUAAACGCCGAAAUUUGACCCGAAGACGAUGUGUUUUUCUGGGUGUGAACGUAAAAAAAAAAAAAAAAAAAACCUCUAUCUCUUGUAUAUAUGUAAUUCUGUACAGCAGCAAGGCAUGAAUGGGACUGACGGCCAGUAUCGGGAGUUGUCUUGCGCACCUUGCCACAUCACCGCUUUGACCUUUAGUUGCCCUUGCCUGUAGUCUUCCUGCAUGACCAGAGAAAAAAAAAUUAAACGCUUAUAAAUAUAAACAUAACUCAGUAUAUUUGUAUACCAUGUAAGGAAAUGAAAUCUGCUGGGAGCUGCGAGGCGAACGGAAGGGUUUUACGCUGGCGAAGUGGUCGUGUGUGUGUAUGUGUGUGUGUGUCCUUGUGUUCUGCAAGAAGCCAUUGUGAGGGAUCAAGUACUGUCACUCAUUAACCUCCAUCAGGGUUGCCGGGAUUGCAGGAUUGCAUUUUCGCACCAAAUCGUGCUUGUUUUAGUUUUGGGACAAGAUUGCGAGCACAAUACCACCGCAAACACUGGUCACAGGCAAACAAAGGGAAUGCGCAAGUGCGGAGAGCGUAUCAGCAUAUCUAUGAUGUACAGAACCAUUUCUGUUGUAGAUCUAUCAGAAAUAUUAGAAGGGAAAGAACGAUCCAAUUGUUUUUGCGAAUUGCAGAUACUGCAAAGCAGAUGCACGCAGACCACCGGGAAAAGACUGAACUUUUUUGGGGGGAGCAGUGUUGUACUUGAUGUGCUGGAAAUCUUGACCUGGCAACCCUGACCUCCAUCUUGAUUUUCUUUAGGGUGUUUUUUUUUUUUUCUAACGGUUUCUUAGUUUCUACACAUGCAUACUCUAUAUUUCCUCAGAGCGUGUUGAGUGCACUAUGAGCAUGCAUGUGCUGAGAUCAUAAUACAUCCACUGUUUCACCUUACUCGCUGCUUUGCAUGACAUCCCCUGACCUCUGACACCGCCGAUCUGUUCUCUUACAAGCUGUUGCAUGUUCAGGAAAGGGCUCCCCCCCCAUCCCCCCCCCCCCCCCCCGGCCCAAUCUUGCAACUUCAAAGUGAGCUCAGUGUCAACAAUACCUCAUUCUCUUAACUUUGCGUUCGGAUCGUUUCGUUUUUGCGUUCCUGGGGCAUGUCCAUCUGACUAGCCGUCUUUGCGUUUUUGACAUUUCGUCGUCUGAAUGGAAUCCAAACGGACUUACUACCUAAAAAGGAGGAAUCCGGAAGAAGUGGGCUUUAUUUAUUGAACGCAUGCGUUUGCCUGAAUUCGGGUAGUGCCUUUGAAAUAAUGCAGUUUCCUCUUAUUUAUCAAAAAUAAUUCCAAGAGCAGUGAAGCGUGGAGGGAGAUCAGGCGAGGUUGCACAGGCAGUGGCUCUGUCACAAUUUGAACAUUGCAGGUAAUUCAGAGUUGUCGUACGUUGACGGUGCCUGGUUUGUCGGGUCUCUUCCUUCUUCUAACCUCCUUGUCUAAGUAUGCACAUAAUCACCAGUUCUCAAAAACCAUCUCCUUCCCUGUCCUAUGAGAAAAAAAAAGAAAAAAAAAAAGAAUGAACCCUGACAUAUAAUUGUUGCAUUUCUAAAUAAUGUAUUGUAAAUGAAACCUCAACCUUUACUCACGCGCCUGAUGUUUUUUUCUUUUUCUUUUCCAGUUAUAAGUUAAUGAUAAGCCUUAUUCAAUAAAUGUCAUGAAGUACACAGUAAAAAAUGGAUCAUAAUAAUUUUUUGUUUUGUACCUUUACUUGUCUAAUUUGACCUGUGUACCAAAUCAUUUUAAUAAAGGAAUGAAACGCACAUAUUUUUUUUUGUUUGCUUAUACAGAUUGUUAAAUUAAAUAGAGCCAUUUAUGAUUCCUAAUAGUGGUCAGUUUAAAAAAAAAAAGGACGUUCUGCAAUUUACACGGCAUUUAACAUUCCUGUGCCACAUAGUACAAUUGCAUUUUGUACUGGCCCUGCUGGUGACAUUGCUACUUAAUAAAAAUAAUGCAUGGCCAGAACUUAGUAAUGUGUGGGAAUUAUAUUAUUAAAUCGUAAACAUGAUGUAGUAAAGAAAGGGAAUGAGAUAAUUAUCUCGUAGCCAUGACUUAGUAAAGUAAGGGAGGGAGAUAAUUAAGACGUAGCCAUGAAUAUGUGAGGGAAUGAGAUAAUUAAGUUGCAGCCUUGACUUAGUAAAGUAAGGGAAUGAGUUCAAUAAAUCAUGGCCACUACUACAAAUGCAGGGGAAUGAGAUAAUCAAGUCAAAGCCAUGAGUUAGUAAAGUAAGGGGAUGAGGUAAUUAUAUCAUAGUCAUGAUUUAUUAAAGUAAGGGAACGAGAUAAUUAAGUAGUAACCAUGAGUUAGUAAAGUAAGCAGAUGAGAUAAUUAUCUCGUAGCCAUGACUUAGUAAAGUAAGGGAAGGAGAUAAUUAAGACGUAGCCAUGACUAUGUGAGGGAAUGAUUUAAUUAAGUUGCAGCCAUAACUUAGUAAAGUAAGGGAAUGAGUUCAAUAAAUCAUGGCCACUACUACAAAUGCAGGGGAAUGAGAUAAUCAAGUCAAAGCCAUGAGUUAGUAAAGUAAGCGGAUGAGAUAAUUAUCUCGUAGCCAUGACUUAGUAAAGUAAGGGAACGAGAUAAUUAAGACGUAGCCAUGACUAUGUGAGGGAAUGAUAUAAUUAAGUUGCAGCCAUAACUUAGUAAAGUAAGGGAAUGAGUUCAAUAAAUCAUGGCCACUACUACAAAUGCAAGGGAAUGAGAUAAUCAAGUCAAAGUCAUGAGUUAGUAAAGUAAGGGAAUGAGAUAAUUAUCUCGUAGCCAUGAGUUACUACAGUAUGGGAACAAGAUAAUUAAGUCGUAACCAUGAGUUAGUAAAGUAAGGGUAUGAGAUAAUUAUCUCAUAGCCAUGAGUUAGUAAGGUAAGGGAAUGAGAUAAUUAUCUCAUAGUCAUGACUUAGUAAAGUAAGGGAACAAGAUAAUUAUCUCGUAGCCAUGACUUAGUAAAGUAAGGGAAUGAGAUAAUUAUGUCGUAGCCAUGACUUAGUAAAGUGUGUAGGGGUAUAAGAUAAAUAAAUCAUGGUCACUACUUACUUAUGAAAAGGAACGAGAAAAUUAAGUUAUAGCCAUGACUUAAUAACGUUAGGGAACAAGAUUCUAAUGUGUGGCCACAAGUUAAUAACGCAAGGGACCGAGAUAAUUAAAUGCAGGGAUGAUCAUUGUGUUGUGCGCUCAAACUGGUAUGCAUGUACUGAAUAUACAGGGUUUUACAUUAACCACCAAACUCUUAACUACUGUUAUCUACUGUUACAUGCAGUAAUUAAUAAGAAAAUGUGCAUGUAAACAUCUCUAGUGUCUACACUACUAAACCAGACAAGUGGCAGCUUUUUUCCCCUCCAAGCAUGCAGCAGUUAUUGUAAAACCCUGUAUAUACAUGACUGUGUCCAGCAUAAUGAUCAUACAUUAUUAAGAUGUGGCCGUAAGUUAUGUUUAGUUGUGGCCACAACCUAAUGAUCGUGGCUAUGCAUUGUUUUUAUUAAGUAAGGAUGUCACAAGGGAGGGGCUCUGUAAUUUUGAAGUAAAUUUUUAUUGGCCUGGAACAUUGAACCUUGAGGAAUACCUACAAUAAUGAUUAAAGCCUUGAUUUCAUUUUCUUCAUAGUACUGUGCAUGUAGAAAUUCCACACUUUCAAAACGACGGACAGUGCGUGUCUAUCUAGGCACAAUUGAUGUAAUUGUACCUUUUAAGUGCUCAUGAUCUAAUUGAAACGUACCGUUUUAUUUUACUUUAUUUUAUUUACCCAGAAAGGCCACUAUCACUAUCGUUGGAACCAUGGUCCUGACUGGUGUACUUUUCUUUUUCUGAGCACAUAUGCUGAGGACUACAUGGCUAAAUUUAUUUGUUAGUGUUGAACACUUUGAUUUUGGGAUUUAAUGUUUACAAUUAAUGUAAAAAAAAAAAAAUUCACAAAUAUAGCUUAAAAUUGCAUUUUGAGGACAAAUUUAAUUGGCCCCAGUGGUGAACCCUGAGGAAUACCUAAGAAAAUUAUUCUUUUGUUUCUGUUUUUCUUCUUGGUACUGUGUGUGUAGAAAAUGUAUUGUUAAUUCUGACGAUAAAAAAAAAUGUAGAGGCCAACCAAACAUCUGUAAUUGUCUUAUUCCUGAAAUGAUUUUUAUUUCUACGACAUUUAAGUGGUCACAAAUAGUCACUUAUAAGAAACCGCUCCAAGGCUGAAAUCUCUGCAGACAAACAACCAAGAAUUUUUCUUUAACACCAUUCUCACGAUUGCCAUUGAAAUUAUUAUAUAUUUAUUUGAUUAAUUUUGUUUGCAUGGCCAAUUCAAGAUGUGCAGAUUUCUGUUAUAAAUACUGACAUUUGAAACACUGAUGUUGAUACACAGGUGCUGCCAUUUUGCUUUCGCUCUUUGCUGAAAAAGAAAAACACAACAAUGUGAAAAUUAUCACACUGUGACGGGUUCUGAGAGGUCUCCAGGCCAUCAAUAAAACAUUUUUACAACAGGGUGCACACACACACACACACACACACACACACAUACACACACACACACACACACACACACACACACAAAUACACCACAUAUAGUAGCGUUUGUAUUUCAAUAGUAACUAGUUGUAAACUGUUCUGUUGUGUAUUCACUUUGAUUCGAUAGACUAGGAUGAGACGAAUGUGGUGCGCUGUGAUGUACUUUUUUUACAAUCUAUUUUCCAAAACACAACCUGUGUAUGUGUAUACAUAUAUACAUACAACCCCAGUUCCAAAAAAGCUGGGACGCUGUGUAAAAUGUAAAUUAAAAACGGAACGCAACGAUUU